GCAUUUCUCACAUAUCAUAUAUUUCAUUCUGUGAACGAAUCUCAAACGGAAAUCAGCUCCAAUUUCGUAUAUCUAUAUAUAUAUUGAUAUUAAAGAAAAUAAAGAAACAACGAUGGCACACUUUCAGAUCUACGAGGAUAAGGACAACAACAAGGAGAACUCCACUGUCAAUGUGCUGACCAGAGGCAAAAAUACAAAGCAACCUCUAGGCUUGCUUAACACCAAUAAGAUCAACCAAAAGAACAAUGCUAAACCCUUCGGCGAAUUGGUAGAAAUCCACAAAUUCGCAGCUAAGAAAUCGAACGAGCUGCUGCCAGUGAUCGAGCAGCUCGAGUCUAUAUCCCUUCCCCAGGAUGAGAUAGAUAGCAUUCCCAUGUCCGUGGACCGGUCAUCUACAGAAGUAUUUAGUUCCCAGGUUAUCCAGAAAAAAGCUACCAGAGUGUCUUCUGCCUACGAUGAGGUCCACUAUCAGAAGGACAUCCUAGUCAAUUGUCGCGUGGGCGAAUUGAAAAAUCGUCCACAGCCUCUCUAUAUGGUCCGCCAGAAGGACAUCUGUCACAAGAUGCGCUCCGUCCUGAUUGACUGGCUUGUUGAGGUGACUGUGGACUAUGAAAUGAACUCAGAGACGCUCUACCUCUGCAUUUCCUUCAUCGAUCGCUUCCUCAGCCAGGUGGCUGUGAAGCGCUCCGUGCUGCAGUUGGUGGGCACAACGGCCUUGUUUAUAGCCUGCAAGUUUGAAGAGAUGACCCCGCCGCAGGUCGAAGAGUUAAUCUACAUCACUGACGACAGUUAUACCAGGGAGGAGAUACUUAACAUGGAGCGAUUCAUGCUGAAGAUACUCUCCUUUAAUCUUGUGACCCCAACUGCCUAUGCCUUUGUGAAGAUGUAUGCGGUGAUGUGCGAUGAAAUGUGUGAGACUUUAAAGAGUUUGGCAAUGUACAUUUCCGAGCUAUCUCUACUGAAGGGGGAUCCCUUCCUGCUCUAUUUGCCUUCAAUGAUAUCCUCUGCGGCCCUCGCCUUGGCUCGUCACAUCCUGGGCAUGGAGAUUUGGUCUCCCCAGCUAGAGCAGAUCACCACAUACAAGUUAAAGGACCUAAGAACUGUGGUUCUGGCACUGUCCAGCAACCAUAGAUCAGCCAAAGGACUUAAGCUUCAGGGCAUUCAGAAAAAGUAUAAAGGAAAGCAGUACGGAAAUGUGGCCGAAAUCGAUGAUCUUGAGCUGACCCAAGAUCGGUUUGACCUGCUAAGUGUGGCUUACGAAGCCAAACACAGCACUAGGAUCUAAACAGGUUUUAAAUUGCAGUUUAGUUGGAUUUAUGUUUAUGAAUUCAUAAUGUUAAAAUUAAUUUAAAACUUUGCACCCUUAAGAUCGU